AUGUCCGCAACAAAGGCGACCUAUACAAAACGAAAGCCGGUCGAGCGUCCUGCUCUUGAUCGUCCAGUCGAGCGUCCAAUAGACGAUGACGUUCCAGUUAGUCCUGGAGUAUACCCCACAAAAAGAUCUGACCUCGCUUUCCUCUCCCAGAAGCCACGCACUCCUACAAAAUCUCCACUCCGCAACUCGGGCCAAGUUUCCACGUCCAGCUCAAUUCAAACAACAAUAGUACCUGUCACAUCAACAAUUCAAAUACUACCGACAGCAACAGACGCUAACCCUCAAUUACCUAUAGGGUCGGAAAGAUUGUCAAUAGAUACGUCUUCCACUACCGUCAAAGCACUUGAGGAGGCUGAAAGCGUGAUGCCAAUAUCAAGAAGGAGGCCGUCGGAUCUUACCAAUUCUUCUGCAUCACCAAUCGACACUACAUCACCCCCGCUAUCGCCACGAAUGAAGUUACCUUCGCUUGCAAUUGCAGGUGAUCUGUUGGCGUCGUCAGAGGCAAUGCUUCAGACGCCAACACCAAAGAGCACUAGUACUUCAUUAAUGGACACCGCCGACGAUAUGCUGAUACAAUUAUUGAUCAGUCAGGCAGUCGUCGAUGCGAGAGACUUUGAGAUUUUGUCAAUAGACGAAGUUGAAGAAUUGAAGAAGGACCACGCUUUGCUUAGAACUCGUAUAGCAGCUUUAAAUAAUAAACUCUCACUUGAAACCAAAAUUCGCGAAGCUGCUAAUUCGCUUUCCCGUUUACAUGCAUCGAACAAACGUCUCUCCCGCCAGGCAAAUGAUCAUCUCGCUCAGGCGAAUCGUAAAGUGGAUCAUGUAGCCUCUGAGCUAUGGAAACUUACCCAACGCGCGGGCGAAAUUCAGCGCAAAUUGCUUCAACAUAUGGCUGGUAUAAUGUGUUUAGGACCUUCUUUAUAUGAGCAUCAAUUGGGGUCAGUAAACAAUGGCAUAGACCAUCUCUAUAAUGAAUUGAUGGGGCUUGAGGCUAGAAUUGACCCUAAUUUGGCAAGUAAAGUAUCAAGCUUGGAAGCUAAUCUACAACGAGCACACAAAACACUCGGAGAGGCAAGGAUUUCAAUAAAAAGGAAAGACAAGGAAAUCGAAGAGUUAAAAAGCAAAUUUGAUGAUAGCAGUUCAGAAGCCAGAGAGCGCACCAUUGUAGAAUUGCGCACUGAACUUGAAGAAGUUUCUAGGAGUUUAGAUAUGGUACUUCGUCAGCACAAACAGGCACAAAGAGACACGGCUUCGUCUACUACCGAUGAAGAGGAUGGGGAUGAAUCGGAUUCUGGAUCGUCAUAUAAUCGCUUAUCCACAAUGACUCAAAAUAUACAGAAUGAACAGUAUAAAAACAUAUCGAAGAACCUCAAAACGUUGGAGAAAAUUCUUGGAAAUUAUCAGUUCAAGUUAUAUCGUGUGGAACAAGAGAUGGCUACGGUUAAACAGAAUGCAGAAGGAGAUACUAGGUCAAUAGAGUCAAGUCUCUCAAACCUCGUUCAAGAACGUGAUAUGUUAACGGAAGCAUUGCAAGAACAGCAACAAGCUAGAGAGGCGUCAGAGAGGCGGUUAGCUGAAUUAGAAAUCAAGGCUAGGCAGGCUGAGGAUCUGGAAGAACGGAUUCGUGAAUUAGACGCAGUUAAUGAAGACAGAUUAAUGGCUUCUCAACAACGACAAGAACUAGAAUCGCAACUUGCUCAAGUGAACCAGGAUUAUGAGAAGUUGUUGAAUUCGCUUCGGGGAGUGUUUGAUGACUUAUCUACCGGAAAAGUUCGAACUAGCUUUAGCAUAGACGUCUUCUUUUCCAGAAUACGUAAUCUUAAGGAUGAAAACAAGCGGCUUAUGGACUCUAUCACAAUGCUUCAGACUCAAUCAGAGAUGUUGCAGUCUCAGCUUGACAAAGCUAAUGAAUAUACUGAUGCAAAACAACUAUUAGAAGAAACACAGCGCGAGUUAGAAGAUACCAAGGAACGCUUGCAAGAUGCCGAAAUACGUGCAAAAGAAGCAAAAUUUGCCGUGAGCUCAUCGUCUGAAAAAGAGUCGGCCCUCCAACAAAAACUUCUUGAAGUUCAACAGCAAUUUACCGAGGCAAAAGAAAAGGUACGCAAAUAUGAAGCCACCCUCAAACGCCAGAGUAUAAUUCAAGUUAUAAAUGAUGGUCGGUCCAAGCAUGAGGAACUCCAACAACAAAUAGAAGCUCAAGCACAAGAGUAUGAAGCCCAAAUAAAAGAGCGGGAUGGAAUCAUUUCGAGAUUGAGACAAGACAUUACUAAUAUUACGAGUGAACGGGACAAGGCUUCACAGGUCGUCAAGGAGCUCGAGGAAAUGCUCAGUACAAAGUCUCGUACUCUUGAUCGGCGCGAAGUAACGAUAAACCAUCUUGAGAGUGACAUCGUCCGCUUCAAAACUGAGCUUGCCGAACUCAAAGCAGCUACUGAUGGUUUGGCCCGGUUUAAUCGUUUAAAUGCUGACGGUGAGACAGCGAAACUUAAAGCUCAAUUCGAGGAAGCCGAGGCCGAAAUAACGCAUUUAAGAUCCGUGAGGGAAAACCUCGAAGCCGAGAAAUCAUCCUUGUUGCAGCAGAUAAGAAGGUUAGAGAACAUAUUAGCUGGUGCAGAGGAUCAGUUUGCCCUCCAAGAACAGAAAUUUGAUCAAUGUAGCGAGAAAUUACAGACAGAAUACGAUGGAAUUCUUCGUGAAUUUGAUCGAUUGACAAAGAAUUUCAUUGACUUUGAUGGUGAGCGACAGAAGCUUGAGGGAGCAGUUGAUGUCUUGCAGAAGAAUUGUGAGCGAUUAGAAAAUGAAUUAGCGGACGAGAGAAUCAAACAUCUCGGUAUUGUAGGAAAGGAUCUUCCGACGACCGCUACAUUAAGAAAAGAAUUUAGAAAAAUGAUGGCCGAUUUGAGAAGUGAACAGCAAGCAUUAUUGCAUCGUGAGCGAGAGGAAAAGAAGAAGUUGGAGAAUAUUGUGAGGACAUUGAAAAGAGAUAAAGAAGCUGAGAGAUGGGAGAUGAGUAAUAAAGGAACGCAAACAAGGUUUGUCGUUUCCGUUCCAUAA